AUGCCCCACGCCUUUGACACGGUAAGCACCGUGUUGCUCGACAUCGUGCAGCUGCUUCCGGAUGUCAGCGACGUAAUCGCCUUCGUGUCGGGGCUGCCGCAGCUGCCACCGGCGCUUCAAGCGCUGCUGCAGCUCCAUCAGUCGAUGGACCUCACGCGCCACUGGCCCUGCUUGCACCUCGAAAACAUUGCACCCCGCAACAUCGACCUUGGCAUCGCCGCGCUGCCAGCUUUUCCGAAUGUGUCUCUGGGGCCGGCUACCAAUCUCCGUUGGCUGGCGGCGCCACUGCCCCGAUCGACGCGCUCUCGGCUGCCGUUGCGGUCGCGCAGUGAUACGACGCUGGCGUUUGCGCGGAUAUGGGGCAACCACGUCCGCCACAUAUCGAUCACAAGGAAUGCAGUGUUCUCUGCGCCGAUGCACGAAAUACUCGAUUUGUGCCGAUACAUUGAGAGCAUCGAGCUCCGCUUGUCGAGUCCCGCCAGCGCAGCAGUCUGGGUCUCGGCGUUCACACGACUAGGACUUCCGUUGCGCUCGUUCAGCCUCGACAUACCGCCGCACCCGAAUGCGCCUUUGACCGACUGCGUGGCAUUGGCGCGAGCGAUCCUCGCAUCGUCGUCGCUAAAGAUCCUGAUGCUUUGUAAUGCCCCCGACGUUGAAGCGGCACUGGGUGCUAUCGACGGUGACAUGCUCCACGUCACCACCUACUCGAUGCCGUCCACCGUACGUGGGGCGCGGCACCCGGCGGUUCUGCACAAGCUGGAUCCUGCCAAGGUCAUCUGCCUCUCGGUGGCGGGACACGUUGACCUCUCGCGUUUCUGGCCCUUCAAUCCCUCUUGCGUGACCUUGUAUCGGGACGUCUCCGACGCGAACAUGGCGCGCAUCGUGGCCUGGCUCAACACGUCCUGCGUCUUGAAGCGCUUUGACGCGAAGUCCACCGGCACCGUCGGCUUUGAGGUCAUUGCGCGUGCGCUGCCGCAAUGGAUUGCUCGGGGUCUUGAAACCUUCGCGAUGGGACGCUACGGCGACUACUUUCGACCAACUCUAUUCAGCAAGCACGGACUCUUGCUACUGGCAAGCGCAUUGACCACGGAGCGCGACCCCCGAAAGACGCUCAAGGUGACUGUGAAUCUUCGCAAACGAGUGCUGGACUUUGAAGAAAUGCACGCGCUUCUCGCUGCCGUCGGCGCCUCCACCAACACAUGUCUGACGCUGGACUAUGUGGAGAGCUAUCCUUCCGAUGCGUUGAUCGAGUUUGCAGCGCUCGCUCGCGUAGAAGCAACGGAUCGUAAAGUUGUGAUUCAAUCGUUGUAA